AAUGACAGUCUGCUUGCUUUGUGAAAAUACGCAUUAUCGUCUGGUAUUAAACAGCUGAUCGGUGAUUAUUUUUAUAUAAAAAUAAUAUAAUAAAAAUAGUAACUAAAUUUAACAUGUUAUGAACCAUCACCGCGUAUAUAAGAUAAUUUAUCCUCAAUAAAAGUCAGUAAAUAACAGUUUAAUGUAUAAUUCAGUGACAAUGAUCAAUGGAUAUAUUAUUGUAACAUUGUUUAUUAUAUAAAUAAGUAUAUGAUUGAUAAUUUCUAAAUCAUAAAAUCAACAAAUCCAAAAUGUCAUUAUCAAUGGAGAAUCUUGUCAUAAAACAGCCGAUUAGACGAUUGGAAAUUCAAAUCAGUAAUUUUAAUGUUGCUAUACCACAUCAUGUUGAUUUACUGAAACGUCACAAGAGUAAUAUUAAAAAAUAUGAACUUCAACACGAUUGGGAAAAAGUACGGAAAGAACAUAUAAAUGUUUCCAGAAUUAUAAAACAAUUGAAAGAAUUGCUUUAUCAGAUGGAUACUCUAAGGGGUCAGGUUCUAGACAAUGAUAUUAAUGAAUUUGAUAAACUUACAGCGACUGCUAGAACUAGUAUAAUGAAUGCAAUUGAAGAAUACUUAGUUUUACAAUUGGACUUACCUUUAUCGGGGCCUUCUUCACCCAAAGAGGAAGAUGAGGAUGCACAGUAUGCAUUUAGAGAUCGUAAUGUCCAAAUGCACAAAGAACAUGAAGAUUUGGAACAACAGCAAGCAUGUUUGCAUACCUGGACAGAUCUACAAGAUGAUAUAUGUCAAUUACAUCAACUUUUUACUGAUUUUAACAAAAUAGUACAUGAUCAAAAAGAAUCUGCGAAUAACAUAGAGAAUAAUAUUGAAGAAACACAAAUCAAUGUGAAUGAAGGUACGAAGUUCCUUGUAAAAGCAUCGAAAUACAAAGCAGUAACUUAUCCUUUGGCUGGAGCAUUAAUUGGAACUUGUGUGGGUGGACCUAUAGGCUUAUUCGCAGGUUUAAAAAUUGGUGGAUUAACAGCUCUUGGUUGUGGAAUUUUAGGAUUUACUGGCGGUUCCAUCUUAAAGAAAAAACAAAUCACAGAAGAGAAUAUAUAUAGAAAAUCCAGUAAUCCAUUUGAAGAACAACAAAACAUUAAAAAAUCUUCAUCUCUUCCUGAAAGUUUGAAUAAAACCAAAAAAGAUUUGUGACAUAAAGCCGAACUUGAUAAUAAUCUGAAAGAUACUAAAGUGUGCAACAUUAUUUAGUCACUUACUAAAAUAUUUGAAUGUAUUCAUAAUGAAAUAGGUUAUCUUUCAAUUAAUUUACUAA